CUACGCAGUUCAGUCGGCACUCUCACUCAGCGCGCUACAGCGAAUAUUUUCUAGAAAGAGUCUGCAGGAAGAUGGCUAAACAUCACCCCGAUUUGAUCAUGUGCCGAAAGCAACCAGGAAUAGCCAUAGGCAGGCUAUGCGAGAAAGACGAUGGCAAAUGUGUAAUAUGUGAUUCCUAUGUGCGUCCUUGCACCCUUGUGAGAAUAUGCGAUGAGUGCAACUACGGAUCUUUUCAGGGGAGGUGUGUUAUCUGUGGAGGAGUGGGGAUUUCAGAUGCUUACUAUUGCAAAGAGUGCACUCAGAUGGAAAAGGAUAGGGAUGGUUGUCCGAAGAUUGUCAAUUUGGGCAGUGCUAAAACUGACUUGUUCUACGAGCGCAAGAAAUACGGCUUCAAGAAGAGGUGAUUGAUACCGUGUGGUUGCAUUGUUGUGGUUUUUCCUUCCCGUUACUUCGGUUCUUUAAUGUUCUAGUUUAUGUAAUAAGAACUAUUGAAAUGCUUGUCGGUAGUGCGUAUUUGAGUAUUCGUAAUGCUGACUUUCACUCAAGUGAUAUGAUGAAACUGUAGGGGCUUAUUGAAGUGGUAUUACUUCUAAGUGAGAACAAACUAUUGAAUCUCUCUGUUGAGAGUUUUCGGAAUUCUCUCUGAUAUUAUGCAGUGUUCGUAGAAGAUUUUGUUUUUGUUAUUGUUUU